AUGUCGCGUUCAAUAGCUUCGACCUCCCAUCUAAUCGACUCACCAUCUCGCCCAUUCUCGAACCCAAGUCACCCCAAUUCCCCCGCCUUAGCGUCGUCGUCGUCGAAGUAUCCAUCCCGAACUCAAGACACCGCACGAGAGCGUGAUUCGGACGAUGAGGAGGAUGAUGAAGAAGCAUGGGACGAGGUGGACGUGAUGGCGGAUACUUCAGUGACGGCUUUGAAUACCGCGAAUGCGAAGAAUAAAGAGGGUUUAUCGAUUGUGAUUGGCAAGAUGGAUAAGAAGAAGGGAAAGGGAAAGGCGUGAGUCAGCUUCGUCGUUUCACUAGUCACGAGGGAGGGGCAACGGGCACAGACGGGACAAGACGUGUGCGCAGGGCUCGUGAUGGCUGAUGAAGGUUUUGAGGAGGUCGAGCAGUAAACCUGAUGGUUCCACGACCAGGGAAAGAAUGGUUCGUCAACAACGUCACAAGACUCACGUCGCUUGUCAUCUCGCCUUGGGCAUGAUUCGCAACCGUCAGAUCAACGACAAGCUACUGCAGGUCGGUCGAUCAGGGUGUGCUACUACCCGUUCAAUGAACGAGGAGCUGACGCAACUUGCAACAGGCGCGACUGAUGAGCAUCACGCCCUUGCACCUCCAAAAUGCCUUCUUCAGCUUCAGCAAAGCGACCCAUCCGAACGAACGAGAUCGGAUACGGCUCUUUGAUGCCGCGCUCAAGGACUUGCUCGACUGGUGGGAUCAAUACUUUGAGAUCGACGAUCAAGCCGGCGUGCGUCGAAGACCGGUCACCGAGGUCGAGGACGAACUCAAGAGGUGGGCGAUGAACACGAAGAAAUCGGUCGACGAAGUGGCGCAGACUUAUCCGUGGGAGGACCUCACCUCCGAUGACGACAUCAUCAUCGUCGAACCCCCUUCGAACGCCAAAGGUCAGAGCAAAGCCUCUUCGUCGUCAUUCAAAAAGAAGAAGAAGAAGCAGAAGCCGGCUCCGAAAGAGCUGGCGAGAAAGUGGGGGGCGGCAUCGGAGAAGACGUGGGAAAUCGUCAAUGGGCCUCACUCGCUUGCCAAGUAUGCUCUGCUUCGACGAGGAUCGAGGGACGUCUCGGCCCAACUCUUUACGUGCCUUUGUCGCGCCCUUGAUAUCCCGAGUCGGCUCAUCUUCAGUCUUCAGCCUGUCGAUUGGCGUGCACCCUCGGCCAGCGUCAAGCGCAAGCUCCGUGGGACGGCGACGGAUGACGCUGGAACGACCGACAGCGAAGCGGGGACGAUCGCUCGACGGUUCAAAGGCAAAGCCAAGUCGCAGAGCCGUCGAUCGAGCGCGGCCAAUUCUGGCACGUCGGGACACGAAGACGACAGUGGGACCGAUGGGUGGGAGGACGGUCAGGGUCGACUGACGUACAAGCCGCCCAAAGUCAACCUCCGUCGAUCCAAGCCGGCUCAAAGGGCUCAGGCCGGCCAAACGCUCGACGACGAUCCGGCUCGACCACCGGUGUUCUGGACCGAAGUUUGGAGUCGCUACACGCGGCAGUGGAUUACCGUUGACCCGAUUCGGCGCAAGAUGCGAUGCAAGUCCAUCAUGGAGCCGGCGAGAUCGUCGGUCGAGAAUCAGCUCGCCUACGUUGUCGCCUACGAAGAGGACAACACGGCGCGGGAUGUGACGCCACGGUACGCCAAGAGCUUCAAUAACUACACGACCAAGGUUCGAAGUCCUUCAAAACGAGGCUCGGACUGGUUUGCUGCCUUGAUCAUGCAUUUCGAGCGCACGUACCAACUCAAUCGAGAUCGGGAAGAGCAGAAGGAAUUGUGGGAUCGCAUCGCCAACGAGCCGUUCCCGACUUCGGUCGGUGGUUUCAAGAGUCACCCCAACUAUGUACUCGAACAGCACCUCCAUCGCGAUCAAGUCAUACGACCCGGGGUCAAGCCGUUGGGUCUGUUCAAGGCGACCGAACCCGUGUAUCCUCGAUCGGCCGUAGUCGAGCUCAAAAGCAAGGAGAACUACUGGCGCAUGGGACGGGUGAUCCGAGACGCUGAGAUCCCUUGGAAGUUCGUCAAGUCUCGGACGGUGACGAUCAAUCGCAAGCGAGCCGAAGCCGUCGCUCAAAUGGACGGUGGGGAAGCCGAACAACAACCUCUUUACGCUCCCGAACAGACCAAGAUCUACGUCCCUGAUCCUGUCGUGGACGGCAAGGUUCCCAAGAACGAUUUCGGCAACAUUGACCUCUACGUCCCCUCGAUGCUUCCUGAUGGUGCUGUACAUCUGACGAGCAAGCAAGCGGCCAAGUGUGCCAAGACGUUGGGGUUUGACUAUGCCGAGGCGAUUGUGGGGUUCGAGUUUCGGCAGCGCCGCGCGAAUCCUAUCAUCAAUGGUGUGGUCGUCGCGCAGGAAAAUGCUGAUAUUUUAAUUCAGGUAAGGCUUUUGCAAAGACGUGAAAUCGAUGGGCAUGUACUGAUUAUGAGCGUACACUCUCAGGCCGUGAUGGACAGUGAGGAAGCGGCCGACGAGAAGGAGUUUGCCAAGAUGCAGGACCGGUGCCUCAAACGAUGGAAGAAGCUCAUCCUUGGCUUGCGCAUCCGUCAACGCUUGCAAGUCGCUUACCAUGACAAACCUGUCAAAGUACCUGCUGUAAAGACUAUCAAGAACAAGACUGAGGAGACGACGAAGGCACCUGCUACGAAGAAGACCGCCACACGUGAAUCUUCCCCGCCGCGAAAGAAGGCUGCGAUCGCCAAAUCGACUCCUACGCCUCGCGCGACUCGAGCGAGCAGGACGCUGCCUGCUGCAGCGGAGGACCAACCUUCAUCCGGAUCCAAACGCUCCUCGACCGGUCGUACGCUUCAGCUCACUCAUUCGGCAUCCAAAACCUUGUCCCAACGCAUGACUCGCGCUCAAACUGCCAAUAAUGGAAAUCUCAAAUCGUCCCCGCCUGCUCAAGCACCGGUGACGGUCGCGACUCCGACGGUGGAUAGUGGUAGCGAAUCGGAUGUUUCUAGUUUCGAGUACGAAAGUGAUUGA